GAACGUCCGAUAACGAUAACCUACUUCUUGUGUACAAAUAGUUCUUAUCAAUAAAGUUUGGCAUUAAUCACGACUCCGAAUUAGAUGUAUGAUGUGAUACCGCCACAAGAACCCCGCCACACCGAUCCCACUCCAAAAUGAGCCACGGCGACCAAAAGCACAACCAGCGGAGCCAGGAGCGCACUGGCGGAGGUGACUCCACGAGGGACAGGGAGAAGGAGAAGAAGGGCUGGUUUCACUCGUUGACCAGGCGCAAGAAGUUCGACCCAGCGCUCGCCAUAUCCGCAUCCGCCUCCGCGUCCACGAGUGGAUCCCAGAACAACAACAACGAAGUGUGCGUCCUUGAGGCGGCAGAGGCCUCCAUGGCCAGCUGCAGCAACGGGGACACGGGUACACUGCGCAGACGGCGGGACAAAGAAAAGCGGAACGUGUUUGCUCGCCUCCGGAGGAAGGUGGGCCAGGGGCUAAGUUCCCUGCGUAACUGGCACUCGAUGGGCGAUUGCGACGAUGGAGGAACCACGGAUGCCACCUACGAAUUUCUCACGCCAGCUAUCUGCCUGGAGCCCACGCUGCCGUUCACGCACGACUACUUGCGCUUUAUCCGGAAGAAGUGGCUGGAGCGCGAAGACCCUCUCUCGCCUAAUCAGGUCAUGUACAAGGCCUGUUCGGAGAUGCUCAACCAAGUUUGGUACUGGGGCGAGAUCUCCAGGCGCGAUUCGCAGCGGCAAUUAAGCGAUAAGCCGACUGGGUCUUUCCUCGUCCGCGACUCCGAGACCAGUGGGUCGCAGUUCACACUGAGCUUCCGAAUAGUCAAUGUAACGCUGCACUAUCGCCUUGAGUUUCGCGAUGAUUUCUGGCACUUCGAGGAGCUUAAGUACGAGUCGAUUGUGGAGAUGAUCGAAGAUAUCCUGCAUCGCUGCACCAACGACAACUUCGUCUGCUUCGUGAAGGUACCCAACGAAAUGCAGCCGCCGUUCCCGGUCAUCCUCAAGUACCCGUUGAGCAGGUACGCCAAUAUGCCAAAGCUGCAGGACCUGUGUCGACGCGUCCUGCAGCGACAGAUGUCGCGAGAGCAGCUGGCCCAGCUGCCGGUGCCAGCGCAGAUGCUGGAGUACUUGUCGGUGGAGCGGGAGCUGGUCUUCCAGAGCUAAGCGUCCGCUGCCAAGCACCCGCUGGUCAAAGCUUUAACACGGAAGUCAACGCAAGCGCGUACACCAAAGAAGUCCGGGCCAAUCGAAUCCCAGCCUGCAGUUACUCAUAAUGAUAUUUGUUGGUCGGAUUGGCAAUAUGUUUUUGAUGCAUUUCUGCGCUCCAGUAACUAAGCGCACAGUCUCUUACCAAUUGCACACCGAAAUCCCAGUGCGCAGUUUUUUACUGUAUGGAAGUACCACUAGUACUAGUAUCUUGUCUAGGAUAAAUUUACUAUGUUAUUGGCCAUAAUUAGUCUAUCGGUUUGUUUUCUAUGGGUCUUGGUCAAGUCUAUACUGUGCACACGAGUGCGAAAUACCUUAAAUUUUUGUAAAAAUUGAACUAUUGCAUAUUUGUAUUAACGUUAGUCGUAAGUCAGAUACACUGUAUUGUUUACGUUGUUCGCAUUUCGUAUUCCUAACUUGGACACUAAGUUUUUGCUAAUCUAGAUUGCAUGGAAUUUAUGCAGCUUUACGGCAAUCGAAUCCGUUCAAUGCCAAUUACUCUUGUUGCAAUGUGUAUGUAUUUUAUUUAAAUCUAUCUACGAAUAUUUUACAAGAAUAAAAAAUCAAACAAUUUA